GCUAAUCCAAACUUGGGUACCUUUAGACCUGGAAAGAAGCCCGCAUGCUGUCCUCCAUGAUUUAGUAAAUCCAGUCAGUGUGGAAAUUACUGAAGAAGGCAACCUAGUUAGCUCGGAGGAACUUCCUUUCAUGGAUCUAGCCACAAUAAAGGCCGCUACAGAUGACUUCUCGAGUUCAAAGAAGCUCGGGCAAGGGGGGUUUGGUACUGUCUACAAGGGUUUGCUUUCUGAUGGAAAAGAAGUGGCAGUUAAAAGGUUGUCAAGGAAGUCUUGGCAAGGUCUCGAGGAGUUCAAGAAUGAGGUCAUCUUGAUUGCAAAGCUCCAGCACAGAAAUCUAGUGAAGCUUCUAGGAUGCAGCAUAGAGGGAGAUGAGAAGCUGCUUGUAUACGAGUUCAUGCCUAACAAAAGCCUCGAUAUCUACAUCUUCGAUUCGGACAAACGUGCACCGCUUGAUUGGUGCACAUACGUUUCUAUUAUUGAUGGAAUUGCUAGAGGACUAGUUUACCUGCAUGAGGACUCAAGACUUAGGAUUAUUCAUAGGGAUCUUAAGCCUAGCAAUGUUCUGCUGGAUCAUGAAAUGGUUGCCAAGAUAUCGGAUUUCAGGAUGGCCAGAAUAUUUUGCGAAAACGAAAGUUCAGCUAAUACAAGAAGAGUCAUGGGAACAUAUGGUUAUAUGGCCCCAGAGUAUGCAAUGGGGGGACUAUUCUCUGUAAAAUCAGAUGUGUUCAGCUUUGGUGUCAUUUUGCUUGAGAUCAUCAGCGGAAAACGAAGUAGCGGAUUUUAUCUUACAGAACAUGCUCAGACACUUCUUGCAUAUGCGUGGAAACUAUGGACUCAAGGAAGAGACUCGGAACUCGUGGAUCCUUCUCUAGCAAAAUCAGGCUCAACAGCUGAAAUAGUCAGGUGCAUUCACAUUGGGCUCUUGUGUAUACAGGAAGAUCCUGGAGAUAGACCAACAAUGUCGGAAAUAGUGACACUUUUGGGAGGUCAAAAAGGAACUCCUCCGGAACCAAAAAAGCCGGCAUUUUCAGUUGGUAGAUUAAACCAAAUGAUCACCUUGUUUCGUUCUCGGGUGGUCUCGAGCACCGUCCUACUGCUUUUUUUUAAUUGUCUUCUUCAUGGAUUUCGCAACCUGGUUCUGGCUGAUAUCCCGGAAAAGCUCUGCCCCGACAACAGUUCAAAUGCCACGAACAGUGCAUAUCAGGACAACCUCAUUGAGCUCACUUCUUCUAUGCGAAAGAAAGCUUCUUCCUCCAAGUUUUUCCAGGACUCGUCCGGGAACUACCCAAGUAAAGUUUAUGGUCAAUACAUGUGCCUCAACUAUGUCUCCAAUUCAACAUGCCAAACUUGCAUAGCCAAGGGAUCGGAAGACAUCCAGAAGCUUUGUCCAAACAAGAUGGAAGCAGCUGUCUGGGAGGAAAAUUGCCAGUUGCGCAUAUCCAGCCAAGAAUUUUUGGCCGUGACUGAAGGAAACAAGCAUCAAUUCAAUCUGGAAAAUGCAUCCGACCCUGUCAAGUUCGGGUUGGUGGUGAAUGAAACUUUAAGCUUUCUUGCCCAGAAAGCAGCUCUCGAGUCUCCAGCGACUCACUAUGCUACCAAGGAAAAGGAUUUUGAAUUGGACUCGAGUAAGACUUUACAUGCUCUUGUUCAGUGCACUGCGGACUUAACAGCACAUGAUUGUCACAAGUGCCUCCAAGAAGCAAUAAGUUAUGUGAGGGAUUGCUGCAUUUUUUCGAUCGGAGCAAGAGUUCUAAGUCAAAGUUGCUACUUGAGAUAUGAGUUAUAUUAUUUUUAUGGAGCAGCCGAGCCUGUGAAGAAGUCUGCAGGGAAAAAGUCGUGGAUCAAAGCUUUCACAAUUUCAUCGCUCUGCUUGGUGGCAAUCAGUUUGUGUUCUUGGAUUUUCUUCAUCAUCAUCAAAAGGAAGAAAGACCUUGCAGAGAGACAAGGUCGACCUCUGCUUACUGGUGAUUCUGCUCAUGGUAUUCUUCCAUUCCAAAACACCCCAGUAAAUACUCUUACUGAAAUUCAAGAUCAUCCGUACUUUGAUAUGAGAUGCAUACUUGCAGCUACCGACAACUUCUCAGAUACACUAAAACUAGGACAAGGUGGAUUCGGUCCAGUUUACAAGGGUAUUUUAUGGGAUGGGAGAGAAGUUGCGGUGAAGAGGCUAGAAAGCUGGUCAGAGAAGGGUUCCGAAGAAUUCAGAAACGAAGUGCUACUCAUAAUGAAACUUCAACAUAGAAAUCUUGUCAAGCUUCUGGGAUUUUGCGCAGAACAAGAGGAGAAGUUGCUUGUCUAUGAGUAUAUGCCAAAUAGAAGUCUUGAUCUCUUUCUCUUUGAUGCACAGAGAAGGAUCGAGCUGAGUUGGAGUAGACGUCUGAACAUUAUCAUUGGCAUUGCUCGAGGGGUGCUAUAUCUUCAUGAGGAUUCUCGUCAAAGAAUCAUCCACAGAGACCUCAAAGCAAGCAAUGUGUUAUUGGAUUGCAACAUGAACCCAAAAAUCUCAGACUUUGGACUGGCAAGGAUCUUUGCAGGAACAGAAAAUGAAGCAAAUACUGCUACAUUAGUUGGAACCUAUGGUUACAUGGCGCCAGAGUAUGCAAUGGAGGGGUUAUAUUCCAUAAAAUCAGAUGUCUACAGCUUUGGAGUUCUCUUGAUUGAAAUUAUAACUGGGGAGAGAAAUGCCGGCUUUUGGCAGUCGAGACAUGCCUCGAGUCUCCUAGCCUAUGCUUGGCAACUAUGGAAUGAAGGAAGAGCAAUGGAGUUGAUGGAUCCAUUGCUGCACAAUGAGUGUUGUCCAGAAGAAUUCCUGAAAUGUGUCCAAGUCGGACUUUUGUGUGUUCAAGAAGACGCGUUUGACAGGCCAACCAUGUCGGCUGUCAAUGUGAUGCUCAAAAGGGAUGCUGUAAUUCUCCGUCAACCUUUCAAACCUGCCUUCUCGGUUGGCAGAUUCACUCAUCAUUCCAAUGGACGUGUUGAAGACGAUAAUUGUUCUGUUAAUAGCUUGACAGUUUCCGCUGUGGCACCUCGGUGAGAAAAGUCUACCCUAGGAGAUAAGCACGGUUCUUUGCCCAAGUAUACUGCUUGGACAUGGUAACGUCUACACUAGAUACUCAAUAAAGAACCGAUUCUUAACCAUAAGCUGUUUAAUCAUGUCAUGUUGUCUAUCUUGGCUUGGAAGACUUCACGUCGAGGACCUUAUCAUUCUCCAACCUUCCUUGUUGAUUUUUGCGGCUCUUGAGCUGGAAAUUAAAGCUCCUUAUGUGAAUCCAUGUUCUCCUAGCAUAAGACGGAAAAAAAGAUAAAAAAAAGAGUUAGUCUAUGCCCUAGAUAAGGUUAUCUCAUUGUGCUCAUUGUGCUAUGAGUUCUCACUGAACUAUGUCCAAUCUUUGU